GCAUUCGGUUGUCCUCUCCCAUUUUCGCUCAAUUGCCGCCCAGCGUUCGUGGACACUUAUUCAAAGCGGCUUACAAAAUUCUCAUAUGUGUUCAACUGACUCUGUCAGGAACGAACACGGAGGUUCGAACAGAGGUCUUGCAGUUACCGUUUCGUGUACUCCCGGCUCCUGUCAUGUAUCACUCUCUUCGCACCCUAGACGGUCCAGACGCAUCAUCUCUAACCACCAUGGCUGAGGACUCUGGAUUGCGGGAUCAGUUGAGUCUGGAAAGUAACCCAUUCUGGUCUGACGACCAUAGUACUGCACCGACAACAGGCAGUCCGAUCGAUUGGCCUGGUUUCAUGAUGGAUCAGCUUAUUCUGAACACCGAUUCUCCACCAGCACGAACGUCCACAUCGGUCAGACAGAGACAUCGAUAUCCGUCAGAAUCGGUGGUCAAUGCAGGACAGCUUCGCUCUGCCUUAUCUUUGGCCACCACCAGUCGACCAUCGGCCACAUUCAGUCCGACGCAUCGUGCCCCACCGUUUGAUCCUUUCGGGUCCAGUGAUCGCUCAGAUUUGGGUUCGGAGCAAUCCACAUUGGGCUUCAGUCGACCAUCCUCAGCCACACAACCCGGUAUGCUUUUUAUUUGCAUUUUUGUAACACGCAAACACAUUUUACCUUCAGUUACUUGCUAG